AUCUUAGUGAAAAACGUAAUCCUGCGUCUAUCCCUCGCGAGGGUAUCGUCGGUCUUCAUUUGUUAAGCGACUUCUUCACGUUGCACAAAAUGCAGAUUUCCGGUGUAAUCGGCGACGUUUCCGUCGUGUUUCCCUCGGCUGGAGGCAUCAGGUCGUCCGAGCUGAGACACUGUCAUGCCUCUAUCGAUUCGAAGAAUUCCAUUUCCGCUGGAUUCUUUAGAGGGUGUUCAUCAUUUUACAUGCCAAAAUCUGGAUCUAGUUUGGAUAAAUUUCGAUUAAGGGGCUUAAGUAUUAGAGCUUCAGGUGGUUCUCAAAAUGUAUUUCCAGUUGCACCUGUUCAAUUUGAAUCCCCUGUCGGUCAGUUAUUGGCCCAGAUUUUGCAAUCCCAUCCUCAUUUACUUCCUGCAACUGUUGAUCAGCAACUUGAUAACCUUCAAACUGAGAGAGAUUUGCAGACAGAAGAGGCUUCUUCGUCAUCUCAAGAUCCUCUCUACAAGAGGAUAGCUGAAGUGAGAGAGAAAGAAAGGCGAAAGACAUUGGAAGAGAUAUUGUACUGCUUGAUUGUUGGAAAGUUUGUUGAGAACGACAUUUCGAUGAUCCCCAAGAUAACUGAAACCUCAGAUCCUACUGGCAGGGUUGAUUUUUGGCCAAACCAAGAGCAAAAACUUGAAUCUGUUCACUCUCCUGAAGCAUUUGAAAUGAUACAAAGUCACUUGUCCCUUGUACUUGGAGAACGAUUUGAUGGCCCCCUUACUUCCAUUGUUGAAAUGAGCAAAAUAAAACUAGGCAAGCUAUAUGCAGCUUCUAUAAUGUAUGGAUACUUUCUUAAAAGAGUUGAUGAACGUUUCCAACUUGAAAGGACCAUGAAAACUCUGCCUGAAGCAUUUACCAGAGACUUUGAUGAGUCAUUACCAGGAAAUCAACUCUGGGAUCCCGAUUCCUUGAUCAUGAUUCCACCUGAUGAUGAGGGAGUCGGUGACAGUGUAGGAUUUAUGGAUACAGAUGGUGGCAAAUCGAAUAGAUUGAGAUCCUAUGUGAUGUAUUUGGAUUCUGAAACACUUCAAAAAUAUGCAACAUUGAGAUCCAAAGAAGCUAUAUCUUUGAUUGAAAAGCAGACUCAGGCAUUGUUUGGAAAGCCAGACAUUCGGAUAGCUGAUGAUGGUUCGAUUGACACACUCAACGACGAAGUGAUCACUGUUACUUUCUCCGGGCUGACAAUGUUAGUACUUGAGGCAGUUGCGUUUGGAUCAUUCCUCUGGGAUGCAGAGAGCUACGUCGAAUCAAAAUACCAAUUUGUCAAAAGCUGAAAGAUAGGUUGCUGGAAGCAUAUGCUCGUGUAACUACCGCAACGGGUUUAUUCAGUGAUGGCGAGUGAAGAAAGGGGCUUUAGCUAUGUUUUUGUCAAAGAUGUAUAGUGUACCUAUGACUUGGACAAGGGCCAACACUUGCGUAAAUCAAACUAGGAACUUGAAUGAUGAUUCUUUUCUCUCCCCAUGUCAAAUCUGAGAUGGCUACUUCAAAACUCUUGCGUCCUUACGAUUAUUUUAUAUGGUAGCUAUUUGUAAAGUGUAUUGAUUUUCACAGGA